GUUUUCUUCUUAUGAGGCUCUUCUCUUGAAGUUACGUGCCUCCUGUUAGCUUUAGCAGCCUGGUGACUUCCUUAUGCUCCCCAUCUGAAUGGCUCAGUGUUGGAGGAGGGCAGGUGCUGCAGCCCUGGCUACUGCUGCGUGCUUCAGUGAGGCGUGGUGCUGUGCCUGAGUCCUCUACCCAGUGUGUUGCAGAGGUGUGCUGCUAAGAGAAGGCUGCAGGAGGGAAGCUACCUUUUCCAGCUGUUGAAACUCAGCAACUGCUCUGGCCAAAUAUCCCUCGUGUAAAGCCCCAGCUCCUGUGCCAUGUACCAGCCUGGCUUUGUACCGCGGGGCUACUGUCCAACCAUGGUCCCAUCUCCUCCCUACACCUACUUACCACUGCGCGCUGGGAGAGCGGAAGACCCAAACAGCUCCAUGAUGUUCCCUCCCAUCUACAUGCACAACUUCUACAGCCGCCCCAUGACCUUUGUGGUAGACAGAAGCAGCUAUCCUGACUAUGUGGGGAGUCAGGUGGAGUACCACCACUUGUACAGUGCCUCCAACCCCUACUUCCAUCCGUACUACACCUGGCAUUUACCCGCUGUGGUCCCUGUCCCGCUGUACAAUCCAUAUGCAACCUACAGUCCCUACGCUGCCUACCAGAGGUCAGACCAGUAUCGAGACACGUGGCCUGAGGGCUUCACCAUGAGAGGGGAGCUUCAGUGGGGGAAGCUUGGGAAGGUGUUUGGACCAAGGAAAGACCUCCCAGAAUUCGUUAAGGAUGAUCUCCGGAGGGUUUAUGGCACCUACCCACGGACCAAUGUCUCCAUCACCUACCGGAGAGGGGAGUUCUUAGUCAAAGCAGACCCCAAGGUAGGAGAGCAGGAGUACACAGUGGAGAAAAAUGUCAUCCAGAGGGCUCUGACCCCCAGUGCCAGUGAGGCAGAUGACAGCAGUGAGGAUCGGAACAGGAAGAAGAAAAAGAAACUGAGACGUUGAUGUGGUUGGUCACACAAUAAACGGAUGCUCCAUGGUCCCAGAGAGCCAGCUGGCAGCUGGGAAGCAGCUCAAGCAAUGGGUGCCACCACUCCCCUGGGCUUUUAACUCCUCUGUGUCCUCCACAAGCCUAUGGCAGCUUCACCUGUUUGAUGCACAAUGCCUGUCCUGUGAAGAAACCACCUGGCACUUGUCUGUCUGUCUGUCAGAUCAGCAGUUUGGUCCUGGUUUUGGAAUGGAUUCUUACCACUGGUUUGGUUGGGUGGCCACAGGCUGGGAGGGGAUUCCCGGAGAGCAGCCCUUGGUUAGGUGGCCCUCUUCCUACACUGUCUAGGGGAAGGUCCUGGGAGCUGGAUCCCUUCCUGGCACUCACUUGAGGAGAACAAAACUGGAUUUCCUUUAAGUUGAAGGCAGUGCAAGUCCCACAGGGGAGAGGAGUUUUCUGGCACUGUAAAGAGUAAUUAUCUGCAUAUCAUUACUGCUGUUUUAUGGCUGUACCGUUGUGCUUAUGGUGUGAUGCCUGCACACAGCACUUUGCUGCACUCUGGCAGAAGAUCUUGGUGUCCUGAUCCUCUUACACUUGGUAACCUGGUGCUUGUUCCUCAUGGCCAUGUGUCCUGGCUGAAGUGGCUGCCUGAGGCUCUCCCCCGGGUCUGACCCAGCUCUGGCUGGGGGUGCUGCCUUGCUGCUGAUAGCAGAGCCCUGUGUCCUGUGGCACCUCCGUAGCUGCUCUCCUGGAUCUGAGAAGGACUUGCUUGUGAACUUGUGCCUUUUAAAUGAUUAUAAAUAAACAAUUCAAAAAAUAAUGCAAUUUUUUUUCCUGCUUUUUAGCUGUGAACAACUCUCAACCUGUUCUGGAAGCUUUCUACAAACUCAGGAUCUUGACCUGUGCAGUUAGUUCCCUUCUGGUGUAUGUCUCCUUGCCUUGCUGGUUGGUAACUGAGCCCCACUCCCAACUGUGGGGUGUCCCAGAAAUGUAGCCCUCUUCCCCCCCUACAAUUUCCUUCCAACAGGCUGUAUUGGAGUUGAGCUUCCCAAUCCCAAUGGAAGGAAAGAAAGGAGUGCUCUCUGUCAGCAUGUUGAUGGAGUGAGCCUGUGAGAGUACAUCUGGAGACCCUUGGUGGCUUUGAAUUGCUAUAGAGAAAGAGCAAGUGGAUUUUUUUCUUUUUAUUUAAUGUAACUGUUCCAUUUGUUUCUCUGAAAUAGGUGAGCUCUGCUGCUAGAUGAAGCAGUGGGAGCUCUGAACCAAAAAAGCCACUACAGAAACUUCAAGUAAAGCUGCUUCUGCUCCCUAGCUGUGCUGUGAGCAGUGGGGCUUUGCUGAAUGGGCAGGGGUUGGCUCUGCCAAUGGCUGGCAGUUGCCCCUUCACCAUCUGAUGGGCGGCAGUUUAAGCAGUAAUCCCAAAGCUUGCACUUCAGAUCCCUGUGUGGUGAUGCGGUGGUCAGAUGUGGUGCUGUGGGUUUUCUCCAGCAUCACAGAGCUGGUGUAAGUGUGGCUGGGCUGUGGUAGGUGAGCUUCUGCAGCAGGUGCAGAGCAGCACAUCUAAGGGACAGAAUGGGGAGCACAGGGCUUGCCUUCUGUUGGUGGUCAGAUGCUGCAUGAAUUGCCAAGGCCUGCAUCAGUAGUUAUCCUAAAUGUCACUCUCCCAGAUGUUUCUGCUGACAGUUUUGUAACAUGGUGUAAUGGAAAUUGUUCCCCAGACUUGUUCAAAGCCUCCCAGAGCCAUGCUACGGAUGGGUGGAAAGAGCCAGUUGUGUCCAGAAAAGCUUUCUAUGGAAUAAUGCAGCUGAGCUGCGUGAAUACUUGGCAGCAGCACUGCCUGUCUGCUCCCACAGCCCACUGUGCCCUGUCCUCCUGGGGACAGCCCAGGGAGCAGGCAUGGCCCAUGGCUUUAGCCUGCUCUGUUUGUCUUCUCUAUGCUUUAUUAGGUUGCUCUGCCCGGAAUCUGAUUUCUAGGCACACCCAGGCUGUUGUGUUGACAAUGUGUAUUUUUAGCACAGACUUACAACCACUGGGAGGCAGCAACAUUUAUUUCCUUAAGUUCCAUUCCACUUCCAGAUGGAAGAACCAUUUUGUAGCAGGGCUUUUUAUCCCUUUGGGGAAGCCUGCCACAAGUGACCGCUGCUUCGAGCAGCUCUGAGUGUGGGGCUUUCCACCGUGGUCAUAACUCACCUCCAUCCCUGCUGGGAUCUCUGUGCAUGUUUGUGCAGGCACAGCACUCGGCUCCUCUCUCUUCCUGA